GUGAAAGCAUGCUGCGGCGCGGCCACAGUCUAGCGCGUGCGUUCGGGACGCUGCGACCAAGCCGGUUGCUCCCCGCACCUCUCGUCGACGGCCUCGCGAUGUUCCAGCGCGAGCAUGGCCACUUCAUUGUCCCCCGCGACCACGUGUCCCCCGACGGUUUCCCGCUCGGUCAGAAGCUCCAAGGUCUCAUUCGCAAGUUGCCGACCAUCUCUCGCGAGCGUAGCCAUCAGCUAGCCACGAUUGGCUUUCCGCUCGAAUGGCAUGCGUACCUUCUCGACACUGCGAUUCUACCUGCUCUCCAGACGUACAAGGCCGUGUUUGGCGAUCUCUGGGUGCCUCAAAAGUUUGUCGUGCCGACGGGCGAUACGGCGUGGCCAGCGGCCACAUGGGGCCUUCGCCUUGGCGAGCGAGUGAGCAACCUGCGCAAGACCAAGAACGACCUUCCGACAGCGCACGCGAAGGCGCUGGACGCAGAGGGAUUUGUGUGGCACGCGCGCAACGACCGGCUGUACACGUUGACGCUACCCGCACUGCGUGCCUACCGUGACAUUCACAAAUCGCCGCACGUUCCCAAUGCCUUUGUCGUUCCAUCGCAGCUGCCGUGGCCAAGCGAGCUGCAUGGCUACAAGCUGGGCCACGCCAUGAUGGCGCUCAAGGCCAAGCACCGCCUCGGGACGCUACCUACCGACGUCCUCGCCGCUCUCCACGACGUCGACCUCGACUUAGACCAAACGCUGCGGGAGGCCAAGUGGAACGACGUGAUUCUGCCAAGUCUCCACGUCUACUUUUCGCUGUACGGGCACUGCGACGUCGAGCAGGCCUUUCUCGUGCCAGCGGGCGGGCCGUGGCCAGCGGCGGCGACGGACUUGGCGCUCGGCCGCAUCGUCCGCGACCUUCGAAGCGCCGGCACGUACAGCGAGUUUGUCGAGCGAGACGAGUCGGCACUGCGGGCGCUGGGGUUUGUGUGGAGCCAACUGGAGCGCAUGGCGUUUACGAUCCAAGCCAAAGUCAUCCCGGCGAUGGCGGUCUACCGUGCCGAGCACGGCCAUGCCUUUGUGCCAUCGAAUUUCGUCGUGCCAGCGACGCAGCCGUGGCCGACCUUAUCGCACCACAUGAAGCUCGGUCUCUGGAUCGCGCGCACGCGAAGUGAGCUGGAUUUGUUGCCGCAUAACCUGCAGUUCCUCCUCGAAGAAUCCGGGAUUGUGUGGCGGCACUUUGACGAGCGGUUCGAGAACGUUGUGCUGCCUGCGGUCAAGACAUAUAGUGAGUUGCACGGGUCGUGCGAAGACAUCUCGUCCAGCUUCCACGUACCGUCUCAUGCGCCGUGGCCAGAAGCAGCGUGGGGCCUCAACCUCGGUGGCACGCUCUGGCACAUUCGCAACGGCGACUCGUACAUCAUGGACCCCAAGAAGCUCCGCGCGCUUCGUAAAUUCCGCGGCCUCGUCCUGUAACCAAGCACAUGGUACUCUUCUAGAAUGGGUGUUAG